AUGUUCCUCGUCGUUCUUAUUUGUUCGUCGAGCGAAGCUUCGUCGAACAAAGCUUCAGCGAUGAGGUAUGUGUACUCUUUCCUAUCAACGGAUUUAGAUAUUAGUAACUUUGACAGUUUCAAAGUGAACCUGUAUCAUGGAGGUGUUAUGCAGAGAGACGAUGGUAUUGUCAGAUACACUGGAAGAGGUUUGAAGAAAGGCAUAGUUGUAGAUCCUGAUUACAUGACUUGGAGCUGUUUUGAUGGCUUUUGUGAAGUGCAUGAAAUACCUGGCGGUAUAGUAGAACGAGUAUGGUACAAGCUCCCACACGAAGACAUGGAUACUGUGAGAAGUUUUGGGUUUCACGGUUCUGAUUCAGAGCUUAUGAUAAUGUGUGCUCAAGCUAUGUCAGAAUCUGAGGUUGAUGUGUUCAUUCAGCAAGGUGAUAUUGUGCUUCUGCGUACCGAGAAAGAAAACAGAGAAAAUGCUGAGAAGCAAAAUGAGGAAAACGUUGAGAUGCCGACUGAAAUGGAGGAUGAUAUAAGUGAGAAGAAUGCUGAGAGAGAAAGUGAAGAAAAUGGUGAAAAGCAGACUGAUAUGGAGGAGGAUGUAAGUGAUGAAGAUGCUGAGAGUGAGAAGAAUGGUGCAGAGCAUGAUGAAACGGAGGGAGGGGAAGACAAAGAGUAUGAGGAAGCUAUCAAAGCGAGAAAAGAGAGAGAGCUUGAGGAAGCUAUGCUGUUGAAAAAGAGAAAGAAAGGUAAAGCUAAGAUUUUAGAAGAUGAAGAGGAUAUUGGUGAAAGAUAUGAGGUGGAGAUUGAAGAUGCUGAAGCUGUUUUAGAGUAUGCUCUGAAGAAAGGGAAGAACAUAGAGCAAAACAGAUGGGAUAAGACAAAGAUUGGGUACAAAUGUGGGGAAGAUGCAAAGUGCAAGUGGAAGCUAUAUUUCUCUUAUGAUAAGUCUAGUGGGAUGUGGAUUUUGAAGACCAAGUACGGAUACCACACUUGUACGCCUGGUGCGAAAUGCAAGCUGCUGAAAGGUCCUGUGAUUGCAAAGCUUUUCUUAGAUAAACUGAGGGAGAAAACGAAAUUGUGGCCUCUGAAAAUUCAAGCUCUUAUCAAAGAACAUUGGGAUUCAAAACUACGAGAUAUUAUGAAGCACAAGGGUUCAACUGCAAUUGUUGAUACAUAUCGAAAUGCAGAAAAAAAAGGUGUUUUUGAUCGGUUUUUUGUGUGCUUUGAGAAGCUCAGAACAAGAUGGAAAAGUUCUUGUCGGCCAGUCAUUGGCCUAGAUGGAACCUUCUUCAAGAUCGCCGUGAAAGGAACUUUGUUGACUGCUGUUGGUCACGACGCAAACAAUCAGAUCUAUCCGAUUGCUUGGGCUGUGGUACAAUCUGAAAAUGGAGAUAACUGGUUAUGGUUUGUUAAGAACCUUAAGGCUGAUUUGGGACUUGAAGAUGGCGAUGGUUAUGUCAUGAUUUCAGACAGAUGCAAAGGACUUCUUAGCGCUGUCAAAGCUGAGUUGCCAAAAGCUGAGCAUAGGAUGUGUGUCAAGCAUAUAGUCGAGAACUUGAAGAAGAACCAUGCGAAGAAAGAUUUGCUGAAGAACUUUAUGGUUACGGUUCUUGAUCUAGUUUUGGUUCGUAAACGGGUCUGA